CCACCUCGAGAUUCUGCCCAAAAUUGCAAGUACUGACAACCUGUUACAAUUUGCUUCCAUCCUUCCAUUCUCCGCUCAUCCAUCCUGCACGGUAGUCGCAAGAAAUUCUAUUUCUGUUGCAUACUCGGCGUUUUUUGGCUACCCUUCCUUCUACUUGAACUGUUAUUACCCAUUGCUUAGAGGUUUGGUAAUACAGUUCUUGGGGUGUGUCCGAGUGUUAGGUUGCGACCUGCUUGGGAAGGGGUACCAAAACGUUUCUGGCACUAGGCUUUUUGCCUUGUUCGAAGUUUUCAGGUUACUCUCCCAUCUCAGCCUGACCUUAUACGUCCAAAGCCUGUCACGUCCGUUCUCCCAUCGCUCAAGAUGAACGCGCUGAACGCGAUGGACAUCGACUCCCCAAGACCACCUGAACUUUCUACCAAAGCCGCGGAAAGCCUUCCACCACUUCAAGUGGAAGCAUUCUUUUCAAGACCGGAACUGUUCAAGCGACCAUCAUUCCUAACCCGCAAAGACAGCACGUGCUCUAUCUCUAGUGACAGCGACCCGCCAAGCAGGAACUCUUCCAAUGUAUCUUCGCCAGAUCGCUCAGGCAUUUCUGGAGCAUGCCGUUCCCCACUGGAUCCUGUACUAGAAAAUGUCGCAUACAGGUUGUCCCAGUCGACCAUUACGGAACGCGAAGAAGAAGGCAUCUGGGCAAUGGAAGAGGAUGCAACCCACGUGCCUUGUAGACCACCUACUAUACAUAACUCUCUUACUGCACCCACGACCAGAUCUUUCGGUGGAGUGAAUAACAAGGAGCGGCAAACUAAGCGCAAGGUUCUGAAAAUUGACGAAAAUAGCAAUAAGAUUACCAAUUAUUUUACCAAAGCACCAUCAGGGACGCCAUUGGACGUGUCUCAGAGCUUACCAGCAAAGCCCGAUCGAUCCGUCCAAGCCGAAUCCCGUACCGUCAAGAUCGGUUUCUCCAUUACCAAACCCAACGUUCUUCGAACCAAGCGCAAGAGUAACGACAUCACCUGCUCUCCGGCCAUAAAAGGGCCCUCAUCAGAACGGGAUCUCUCUUCGUUCAAGAGGUCUACAAAUUCCCUCUCAUCGUGGCAAUUCAAGAAGCCUAUUGAUGUGAACCGUUCUUCACAAUAUCAUCGAUCAUUCCGAUCUCGGAAAUCAGAUGUCGAGCUUUCAUCUCCCCCACAAUCAUCAGAUGAUGAAGAAUACGACGACGAGGAGACGGUAUGUGAACCAUCCCCAACGCGUCCAAGACGACGAUACACACGAUCUGCGACAGCCCCAAUCAUAACGGUGACCCGCAGUCCGACAAAGCUAUUUCCCACCUUUGACGACGCGCAAAUACCCACCCGCCCAGCUUCAGCUACUAUGCCGAUGCGGACUCCGUCUCCAUCAGGCGCACGUAAAUGUGCCGCCAUUCCGAUUGACGUGCCGUCCAGAAGGGGACAACUGAUGCGACCAGCACCUCUGUCGCUAAUUACCGGGGAUGAUCUAGCUGCUUCUCCUGAUAGUUUGCAGAUUAUUUCUGCUUUGAAUUGUGGAUAUGGUGCGAAUGUAUUCAAGCAGCCCGAUCGCAAUCCAUUUUUGUGAAGAUCGCGGCGAGAGCACCGUUGGAAGAAUGCGCUUCAGCGCUAGACUUCAUGCUGCUCGCAUUUAUAUAUAGUGUGUAUAGACGAGACAGCUUUUGAACCCAAUAUACCCAUCAAGGUUAACCAGGAUACACCUGACCGACAUCGGAAAUGGACGCACACAGACCCAGGGUGCGGAUAUGCUGUUUUAUUACGUAUCACUAGCAUAAAACUUUCCGGUUUCCUUUCAAAUACAAAAAAAGUGCUCAAGCUACUCCCACAUUUUGACAUCAAAUGUCGAUUAUGGUCAUGCCUAUUCAUCAUCCUCAGGUCUAUAUCCCUUCUUG